GCCAUGCAUGCAUUUAUAUGAGCAACGCCAACAUGCUUCGCCCUCGCCACCCGAACUUACCUCCACAAGCCUUCAAGGCAAGCCGAAGAGAUGCGUCGCGAGGGCCGCCAACACGGGCUGGUGAGGACUCACAUCCUCCUCCCACCUCCUCUCCAAUCAAGACACAGACCCAGACCGUUGCACCAGCUCCACGCGCCGCCGACCGCCGGAGUUUUCUCCAAGGUGCCUUCGAAGCCCACCAACCACUCCAAGUUCACCGGCCGCUGCGGCGGCGGCAAGCCGAUGUGCACGGCGUGCCAUGCGAAGCCUGCGUGGAAGUCGAAGGGCAAAGCCAAAGGGAGCUCCAAGCUCAGAGAUGGGCUGGCCAUCCGCCGAGGAGCGUCCGCGACCGAGGCUGUAGGCGUCUUGAUGGACGGGAUCGAUGAAGAUGACUGGUUCGGAGGAGAUGAUGGCAUGAAACAUGAGGCGUUGGCAGGCGAGGAGACUUCACUGAGCCAGACAGACUAUGCAUCAGGAGAUGGAGAUUGGUUCUUGGUAGGGGAAGAAGAACAAUGAGUGUGUCUCAUUGUUGUGGUCUUUGAGUAGACCAUGAAGAUGGAAUCAGCUGCAUUCUAUUGUGAUCAAAAUAAAGUAAAAAACAGCAAAGAAAUAAUCAGCCUUG